UCAGACUCUUUGCUAACAUGUGGUUUUUUGUCAGUGUCAGGUUCAGAAGAGCAGCGCUCUUGUGGCAUGACGACAGCGAACAAAGGACAUAAAGCCUUGAAGGUGAAGCGUGAGCCAGGAGAGAAUGGCACCAGCCUGACUGACGACGAGCUGGUGACCAUGUCAGUGCGGGAGUUGAACCAGCAUCUCCGAGGUCUCUCCAAAGAAGAGAUCCUGCAGCUGAAACAGCGCCGUCGCACCCUGAAGAACCGAGGCUAUGCCGCCAGCUGCCGGGUGAAGCGGGUCAUCCAGAAGGAGGAACUGGAAAAGCAGAAGGCCCAGCUGCAGCAGGAAGUGGACAAACUGGCCAAUGAGAAUGCGUCGAUGCGCUUGGAACUGGACGAUCUGAGGUCGAAGUACAAGGCGUUGCAGACUUUUGCACAGACUGUAGCACGCAGCCCCAGCAUGGGACUCGGCGUCAGGGCUGGCGGCGGGAGCGGAGGGGGUGGGGUGGCAUCGUCAGUCAUCGGUCCGCUCAUACCGGGAAAGGUGGCGACGGCGACCAGCGUGAUUAGGAUAGUCAAGUCAAAAACAGAGGCACAGUCGUGAGUGAGCGUAGCGGCUGCUUCGCUUGUCCGCCU